AUAUUCUGUGAUAAACAAAGAAACUACUAAAAUGACCCAGUCCAAGGAUAAUCUGGAGAAGACCAGGGAGCUCAUCAGCGAGGAGAGCAUGAAGGAUUUGCUCACAAAGCAGCUGGAAAUUGUUGGCAGUAGCGGCGCCUUUGUUUGGGCCAUCUUUUUUCUCUGCGUUACGCCCAACAUUUUGAACGGAUUCCAUGUGUCGUCGUACACGCUGCUCGGCCAUCUGCCCGAGGAUCAGUGGUGCGGCAUUGACGAACUGCGGAACACCAACUGGACGCUGGCCCAGAAGCGCAGCAUCAGCGAGCAUGAUCUGAACUCGGGCGGUUGCACGGUCUGGGAUUGGGACUACCAGCAGCUGAGUCAGAUGUCCUACGAGGCGGCACUUAACUACACCAGCCGCAUGGCUGCGAUCAAGCAGCCCACGGUGGUGUCCUGCAAGGCCAAGGGCAGCUACGAGUAUUCGCAUCCGGAGACCACAUUCGUUGCCGAUUGGGAGCUGACCUGUGAGCGCAGCAUUCAGCGCACAUCGGCCCAGGUUUCCCUAUCCCUAGGCAAAUUCUGCGGCUCCUUCUCGUUUGGCAUACUGGCUGACAAAUUUGGUCGCAAGACUUCGUUUACGUUGGGCGCCGCUUUCUUCGUUGUGGGCAGCAUCUUUUGCAGCUUCUCGCCCUGGUACAGUCUCUUUUUGAUUGGCCGCUUCGCCUUGGGCGCUGCCUCGUCCGGUUUGUUCUAUCCUGCAUUUACGAUGAUUGUUGAGAACAUUUGCCUUAAGCAUCGUUCCUGGAUGUCGAUUGCCUUCUCUGCCUCAUAUCCCGUUGGCAUGAUCCUGCUGGCCAUUGCGGGCUAUCUGAUACAGCCCUGGCGUUAUCUGCAAUUGGCAUUGACCAUACCCUCGCUGCUUCUGAUCCUUAAUUGCUAUUUGAUGAACGAAUCCCCACGCUGGCUCAUAACGAAACAGCGUUACGACCGUGUCUAUCAAAUUCUCUUCAAGCAGCCCAGCCAUUAUGAGGUUCAGCCCACAGUUGCGCCAGCCACCGAAAUUGUUAGCGAUAAGAAAACGCUAGAACCGAUCCCGAAUGAUUCGCUUGUCAAGAAGCUAAAGAAUGGUCCGCUUAAGUCAAUUAUCGAGCUCUUUGCGAAUCCGAAAGUGCGCAAACUAAUCUUCACCUCGUACUUCAUGUUCUGCGUAACCUCGCUCAGUUACUAUGUGACGGCUCUUAAUGCCGCCAAUCUCUCGGUCAGUCGCUAUCUGUAUAUUAUAGCCACUGGCGUUGUGGACAUACCCUCGUAUCUGGUGCCGGUCAUUAUGCUGCGCUAUACGGGCCGUCGUAUUACCACAAUGUUCCUGUUCAUGUGGACGGGCGUAUCGCUGCUGUUGGUGCUCUCUGUGCCCGCUGGCAGCACCACGUGGAUCGUUGCGUUUGCCAUGUUGGGUCGCUUUGGCAUCAGUGCCACCUACUCGGUUGUGACGCUUUACACAGCAGAACUGUAUCCCACCGAAAUACGUAACUCGGCGCUGGGCACCUGCUCCACAUGGGCGCAUGUCGGUUCCAUUUCGGCACCCUAUGUGGUCGAUGUGCUGGGCGCAUUAGGCUGGUACAUUCCGACAACAAUCUGCGGCUGUUGCGUUCUAGUAGCAGGCCUGCUAACGCUUACGCUGCCCGAAACGGGCACGGGACACCUUUCCGAUAAGGUUGAGGAAGCGCCCGCCGCCAUCGAAGAGACCGAGAGCAAGCCUGAAAAGCAGUAAGAUUGAGCCACAACCAAGCCGUGUAGGCUGGUCGAUGGGUUCCACUAGUUAAGUUAGUAUACGAUCGAUCAUACAUGCUACCUAUGUAUACGUAUUCUACAAUGUUACGAUUGUAAUACUACCAGUACUACUCUAGGCCUAAGUUUUCUAUGCGUAAUUGUUGUUAUUUUUACUAUUCCUUGCAUUGUCGUAGCAUAUAUAUUCGUAAAUGUU